GGUAACGCCGUUGAAGAAGACUCACUUGUAUUCCUCGAGUGUUUUCAGUUGGUUGGUGUGGACUUGACUGUGGGCCUUUUUUUCACUUUGAUUUUGUGCGGUUUUUCGAGUGUGUUUUGAGGUUUUUUUUUUGAAGAUGUCAAUCAAACUGAGAGAUCAGAUCCUGCUGGUAUUUUUAGCGUUUUUCUUAAGAUGCCUCAGCACCUCCCAUGCCGUACUAAGAAAAGAUUUCGACUUACCUUUUGAUCUAGAUAGCGUCGUGGAUAACGUCAAUAGCUUACCAGAUCCAGCCCCAACCACGUACAUCCCAAACGAUAUCUCCCAAUCCAGCGAGAUUUUCACAAAAUUCUUACUGACCCCAUGGCCAAAAGGCAUGAGUCCGUUUCUCUACAUCGAAAAACCUGGCAGCAUCAAUGAAUAUUUAGAGAAAGAACCCCUAUCAAUCAACGAGCUAGACGGUGACAGCGUUGUUAGACCCGUCGGCUCAAAACGAUCCAAAUAUUACCGAAAGUACCCCUGGAAGAGACAACAAGCCAACAUCCGGGUUUUAGAUUCGUUUCGAGGUGAUUCAAUGAAAAGCAGGAGUUUCAUUGAAUCCGGCGAAAUUUUAAGACCGAAUCAACCGAAACGGGGCAAACGGUAUCGAAAAUGCCCGUCGUGGAAAAGACAUCAGAAAAAUGUCCGAUAUGAACCAGCUUACAUGUGUAUCCCGGGCAAGGACGACAUUUACCGCCUCCUGGUGGCUCUACACGGAGAACGUGACGGUCCUCGCGGUCAACUCGUAGAUUUUUGCAACCGAAAACGUCCCGCUUCCUUCGUUUUUACCAAUAUUAGAUACGUAGGAUAAACCGAUAGACUUGUUUUGACUGAUCACUAUUGUUAUUUCAUUUCUUUCAAUCAAAUUUAAUGCAUUAUUUAUUACAUAUUAUUAUGUGUUAAUCUCGAGUUAUGUGGUCUAGUUGUUAGGCAAUAAUAUAUUAAAAUGUGAGCAUCCGAAA